AUGUCAGUAACAAAACUGGAAUCACUUUCAAAUGAAAUUUUACUUUAUCUUAUCGAAUAUUAUAUAAAUGGAGUUGAUUUAUUUAUUUCAUUUCUUAAUCAAUUAAAUAAUCGUUUUGAUGCGCUUAUUUAUCGAUCGAAACGAUUUUAUUUCGAUUUUACCAGUAUAAGAAAAUCCGAGUUUAACAUAUGUAUGAAUAUUCUACCACGAUAUCAUCAUAUAAUAACAAGUUUAACUUUAUCCGAACGUGAUACACCUGGUCAAAUACAUUCGUUUUUAUCUUCAUUUCGAUCGUUUGAACAAUUCAAAAAACUUCGUCGACUUCAUUUAGAUUUUGAUGCAAAUUCAGUUGAUCUUAUUGAUGAAGCACUUCAUUCUAUAUUAAAAACACGUAUUCAUACAUUAUCAAUAAAAGGUAAAAAUGUUCGCUCAUUAUUUGAAUUUAAUUGUGUUCUUUUGGCUAUAUUAACAUUAACAAGAAUUCAACGAUUUUAUCUUUCUGUUGAUAUUCAACCAGUUUUUUGUUAUUUUCCAUCAUUGAAUUUAAUCUAUCUUCAAUAUUUAACUAUUGAAGGACGAGGUUGUACAUGGAACAAUGUUGAGCAGAUUUUAAAAUAUGCUUUCCAUCUUAUUUAUUUAAAUGUACGAAUUAUUGAAGAAUCAUUGAAUUCAAUUGAAUCAAUAAAUGAUCAAGAAAAUAAUUAUCAACUAUUAACAAAACUUCAUACAUUGAUUUUUGAAUUCAUUGAUGAUUAUAGUUCAAUUACAUUUGAUAAACUUAAAUAUUAUUUUAAUUUAAUGCCAAAUUUAUAUCAAUUAGAAAUAACUGAUACAGCAGGUCAAUAUCGUUCUAUGAAUAAUUGGAAAAUAUUAUUUCAAACAUCAUUACCAUUAUUAAAGAAAUUUAUUUUUAAAAUUGGUAGACUUUUUCUUUCAAAUGAAAACAUAUCUGAUAUGUUAGCAUCUUUAGAAGAUUCAUUUUGGAUUGAAAAAAAUAAUUAUCAAAUCUAUUUUAUAACACAUGAUUAUACUGAUGAUGAUAAUAUAAUUCUUUACUAUUAUCCAAUUGAUGCCAGACUUAAUAGGAAUAAUUGUCAGAAUAAAUAUGAAAAUAAUCUACAAGUUUGGUCAAUUGGUCAACAUGCAAUGAAACAAAGUUAUUCUCAAAUAGAUUCUAUUGUUAAUCUCUAUCACUCUGGUAAAUCAUGUUUAUUACCGACAGAACAUUAUUUCAAUAAUGUAAAACAUCUUGAAAUCGAUCAUCUUAAUUCAUUUUCAUUUGAAUGGAUGACAAAACAUAUUGAUCUAUCAAAUAUAACUGAACUGGUCAUUACACAUACCGAUCAUAAUUCUAAUAUCAUUGGUUUAUUAAUAGAAUGCACAACAUCUAUUAUUUCACUACAGAUUCAUUUAAAACAAUUGAUCAGCUUACGAAAGAUUCUUAUGACAAUAAAUAAAUCGGUAAAACGAUUGGAUAUUUCAAUUGAUAGACAUUCAUUUCGAAAAAAAGAUAUUAAAAUAAUUUCACAUCUAUUUCCAUCAAUUGAACAUUUGAAAAUAAAUACAACAAAACUCGACAAUCUACCUUUUCUAACUAUUUAUUUAACUUCUCUUCGAAGUUUAACAUUUAAAUUUGUUUAUUCUUUUAAAACACUUAUGAGAAAUAUUCGACAAGAACAAUUAAAUCAUAUAUUAUGUCCUGAUAAUCAAUAUCUAUUAACACAGUCAAAACAAUCGAUAACACUUUGGAUUGAUCAAUCGACAUUUCAACAACAUAUUUGGCGAUCAUUUCAAUCAGUUCAUAAACAACAAUCAACUAAACGAGAACUAUCAGAAGUUCAUCUAAGUAAAUGUAUCUGCUGUUGA